UGGAGUAAAGGUGGUCCAGACUUUUUUACCUCUUGUUGCACAUGUGACAUGCUGGUAGAAAUCAGGUAAAAAUGGAUUUAAGUUUGCCUGCAUUAAAGUCCCUGGUCACCAGGAACGCCACUUCUGGAUGAACAUUUCAGUGGGUGGUUCAGCUGAGCUGCGAUGCAAUUGGCCAGUGUGCAAGUGCGGCCCCGUCGGGCGGCUGAGGAGAGAGAAGAGCCGCCCCCAGGCCCCGCCCCUCCCUCCACUCAUCACUCUGACCACCAGUUCAAGAAUAUGAAGAGCAAGUUCUUCAACGAACUCAACCACAUGCCAAAUCAUAAACUCAAAAUGCCCAUGUGGGCAAUAGGAGCGAUAGUGUUGGUGGUGCUGGCUCUGGUGGCCUGUCUAGGUUUCUGUAUCUGGAAGAAGUGCAUCAACAAGGGCAAGAAGCCCAAGAAAGCACGCGAGAGGAAAGGAGGCCGAGGCAGAAGAAAGAAGGAGGGAGCCGGAGAAGGAGAGGAGGGCAAGGAAGGAGAAGGUAAGGAAGGAGAGGAGGAGGAAAAAGAGAAUUUCGGAAAACUGGAGUUCACCCUGGACUACAACUUCACUGACAACCAGCUGAUUGUGGGUAUCCUGCAGGCGGAAAACCUGCCAGCCAUGGACAUGGGCGGCACCUCAGACCCCUAUGUCAAGGUCUACAUGCUGCCAGACAAGAAGAAGAAGUUUGAGACCAAAGUCCAGCGCAAGAAUCUCUGCCCAGUGUUCAAUGAAACCUUCAUCUUCAAGAUCCCCUACCAGGAGCUGGGCGGUCAGACUCUGGUCCUACAGGUCUUUGACUUUGAUCGCUUUGGUAAACACGACGUGAUUGGACAGAUCUCCAUCCCCAUGAACAGUGUGGACCUGGCUCAGCCACUCCACGAAUGGAGGGAUCUGGUUGGAGGAGAGAAAGAGGAGGUAGAGAAGCUAGGGGACAUCUGUAUCUCUCUGCGCUACGUCCCCACGGCCGGUAAAUUGACCAUCAACAUCAUGGAGGCCAAGCACCUGAAGGCGAUGGACUGCGGAGGCUUGUCAGAUCCCUUCGUUAAAGUGGUGCUGCAGCACCAAGGCAAGCGGCUGAAGAAGAAGAAGACAACAGUCAAACAGAACACUCUGAACCCCUACUUCAACGAAAGCUUCAGCUUCGAGAUUCCAUUUGGCCAAAUACAGAAAGUCCAAGUGUUGAUCACAGUGUACGAUUACGACAAGCUGGGCAGCAACGACGCCAUCGGGAAGGUUUGGAUCGGCUUCGGUGCCUCAGGGGUGGGCCUUCGCCAUUGGUCAGACAUGCUGGCCAAUCCAAGACGUCCCGUAGCCCAGUGGCACGCCCUGUGUCCUGAGGAGGAGGUGGACGAGGCCCUGAAGAAACCCAUCCGCUAAACGUACACUGACACGUCACUGAACAUUCUUGUACAUGUUAAAACAAACAACAUAAGACACAACAACCCACCUGACAUUUCUGAUAAUUUUUUUCUGGUACUCUCUCCUUCCUUAUUAUUCUCCAUAGAAAAUCAAAAGAAUACUUAUUUUGCAUAUGAACUAAUUGUACUGUUUGUUUUUACUUUUGUGUCCCUUCUGACCAUUUUGAUGUUAAGUUAUGAGUAUGGCUGACUGUUUUGUGCUUUUGUGUAUGACUGUGUGCACGUGUUUCUGUGUGCGUGUGUUCGUAUUAAACCAUAGUUCAUGAAAGCUUUCUCUUAUUUAUCUCCUGAAUGUAACGUGAGCGGUUGUAAAUUACUAAAUAAAUAAUUCCCCAAAUUACCCAAUG